AUGACGAAGCAUGAUAUUUCAUUCAAGAUAAUACGCGAUGCCUUCAGUAUAUACAUUUCUGAAACGGGUGAUAAUGAUAUUCUUCAAGAGCUUCUUAGAGUACUAGGAACGGGGCGAGGCUCUGUCAAGAAAUGGAGCAUUGCUGCUGAGUGCCUGGUUGAAACCGGAUGUGAUGCAAUUUGGAAGCUUUCAAAAGAUUUCUGUAAAAAACUCAGAUUUCCAUGUGUUGCAUAUGUAACAAUUACCUCUGUAUUUUUGAAGAUUUGA